AUCUAAAGGACACGUCGACGUUUCACAUAAAUCGCUAACCCAAACUGGCCUCUCGAGGCCGCUUGCUUCUAUAUUCGGACGUGUAUGCUCUUUUUGCUCUCAUCCUUGAUACGAUACAGUUUCGCGAACACCUCUUGUUGAUCGACUCUGAUCCGACAAAUUGGAAUUGAGAGGUAAGGUAUAAGAAGCUACUACUGUAGGAGUUCAAGGGGUAAUAAAAAGAAGAAAUAUCAGGAACGAUGCCUGCUCAGAAGAUUGAAACUGGUCAUGAAGACAGUGUUCAUGACGUAGCCAUGGAUUACUAUGGAAAGCGUGUAGCCACAGCUUCAUCAGACACCAGCAUUAAGAUACUUGGUUUGAGCAACAACUCUGGCUCUCAGCACCUUGCUACACUGAAAGGUCACAGAGGUCCUGUUUGGCAGGUUGCUUGGUCACAUCCCAAAUUUGGGUCAAUUCUUGCUUCCUGUUCCUAUGAUGGCCAAGUGAUAAUCUGGAAGGAAGGCAAUCCAAAUGAGUGGAUACAGGCUCAUAUAUUCAAUGAUCAUAAAUCAUCUGUGAACUCUAUUGCUUGGGCACCUCAUGAACUUGGUCUCUGCUUAGCUUGUGGAUCUUCUGAUGGUAACAUCUCAGUUUUUGCUGCAAGGGCUGAUGGUGGUUGGGACACUACCAGGAUAGAUCAAGCCCAUCCAGUUGGAGUAACAUCUGUUUCAUGGGCCCCAGCAAUGGCUCCUGGUGCUUUAGUCGGAUCUGGAUCACUGGAACCAGUUCAGAAACUGGCAUCAUGUGGUUGUGACAACACUGUAAAGGUUUGGAAGCUUUAUAAUGGAAUUUGGAAGAUGGAUUGCUUCCCUGCCCUUCAGAUGCACACUGAUUGGGUGAGGAGUGUAGCAUGGGCACCCAACCUGGGGCUUCCAAAAUCCACAAUCGCAAGUGCUUCACAGGAUGGUACAGUAGUUAUAUGGACUUGUGCUCGGGAAGGAGACCAAUGGGAGGGUAAGGUUUUGAAGGACUUUAAGACACCAGUUUGGAGUGUCUCAUGGUCGCUGACUGGAAAUUUACUGGCUGUAGCUGAUGCCAACAACGUUACACUAUGGAAGGAAGCAGUUGAUGGAGAGUGGCAGCAAGUGAGUGUAGUUGAGCCACAGAUUUAAGGUUUCUCUGCUUUUAUCAUUUUCAGUCAUUGUAUUGUCCUUUAUCCGUUGUAUUGUCCUUUAUCCAAAUCGAAGUUGAAACAAACUAAACUAGUGUGUUUUAUAACUAUAUUUUUUGUAUUGGUUUUGUGAGCACUUGAAGUGUAUGGCUAGUCGCUAUUUGCUUGCCAGAUUUACAACCAAGGAAAGGUAUUGUUCAUGAUUAUGUGGAUGUCUUGAAUUAGGUUGAACUAGCCUCGUGUGAUCAAUUCAUGUGUUCGUUUAGCUCGGAUUUUGCCAGGGUUUACCCGGGAGGACAAAGAAGUGACAGAUUGAUAUGUGAGGAGAUUAAUAAAUUAUUAUUUUUAUUAUUAUUUA